UUGCCUGGAUUGUGCCGUGUGUAUUUUUAUGCUCAGCCGGGGAGACUUGUAGUUUUUCGGGGUGGUCCGCCAUAAGGAAGGUGACAUGCAGCUUCUCGGUUGGAGCCUAGUUGUCCUCGGCCAGUGGAUCCUACACAAGGUCCAAGGGUUGGAGAAGCAGGUGGAGUUCUCAGACCUGGGCCCGGUGGGCUCAGUGGUGAAGACCCUUCCCUACGGCAUGGGUGGAGGCCCAUCUGGAGGAAUGACGGGAGGAGUCGUCAAGCCUCCCUAUCAAACCCGCAUCUUCUCCACUUCUAUCGACCAGACGCCCAUGAAAUCCAAGCCGCCCACCUACAGUUUCUUUAACCCGUAUGACUCAGCCCGGAACCAGUCCCUGCUCCUGGACCAGACAGGCUACCGCUCUAAGCGCAAGCCUCCGCUAAAGACAGCCAUGAAGACCAAGAAGAUCUUUGGCUGGGGAGAUUUCUACUUCAAUGUCAAGACCAUGAAGUUCAGCUUGCUGGUAACGGGGAAGAUUGUGGAUCACAUCAACGGGACGUUCACCGUUUACUUCCGGCACAACUCGUCCAGCCUGGGGAACGUGUCGGUCAGUAUCGUGCCACCAACCAAAGUAGUGGAGUUUGAGGUCCUGCCGCCUCAGCAGCUGCACCCCCACACCCAGCAGGACGUCCAGAUCCACGAGACCCAGCAGUCUACCAUCGACCCCAAGGAGGCAAAGACCUUUAACUGUCGAGUGGAGUAUGAGAAAACCAACAGGUCCAAGAAGCCCAAGCCCUGCCUGUAUGACCCAUCUCAGACCUGCUUCACAGAGCACACCCAGUCCCAAGCUGCCUGGCUCUGUGCCAAACCCUUCAAGGUCAUCUGCAUCUUCAUCUCCUUCUUUAGCAUCGAUUACAAGCUGGUUCAAAAGGUGUGUCCGGACUAUAACUUCCAAAGUGAGCACCCUUACUUUGGAUAGGCAACGAGACUGGACAUAAAAGAGAAUAAAGAGACAAUGUUAAUAAUGAUGAUAAUAGUGAUAACGAUGGAAACGAUAGUCAUAUUGAUUAUGAUGAAGAUGCGGGGGACAUUUUUUGGGGCUCUAAAGUGCUGUGACUUGUGGAUUUAAAUCAAGUAUAAUCAGAAUAUUGGACGGUUAGGAUAUGGCUGAUUUCUCUGACUUAUUUUUCAACUUUGUAUUCAUUACCUUUUCGUUUUUGUUUGGUUUGUUUCUGUAAAUAAUGUACUCAACCUCAGCGAACCCAUUGUUUUGGACCUCUGUUAUUACGUUUUUGCAGUUGGAGAAUCAGGUGAGAACAGCUGGAAUGGGUGCGAUGCCCUUCGACUCCUGGGCGAGCCUCUGAGGCCGCUGUACUGUGCCGUCACUGCAUGGCAGACAUAAGGUUACGGUAGACUGACUGUUAAUCAUCCUCUCAGCUCUACAUUUCAAACCCUGGAUAUAAGAGAGUUACAUGUAUGAGAAAUGCUAUGCUGGAUACAAUAUACUGUAUGAAAAAGCACAUUAAAAUCUCUUAAAUGGUC